UUUAAGAGUUUGUAUAGAACUUUAGAUGAUUAUAUGAAAUCAAUUGUCGACAAAAGAAAUAACAAACAUAAACAAUCUGAUCCUUUAGAGGUUGAUGAAAUUAAACUAAUACUUAACUUACUAGCAACAUCAACUAAUAAUACAAAAGAAUUGGAUAAUAGUGAAAUGCAACUCGAACUACCUAAAGAAAACAAUCAUGCUGGUGGCAUUAAAGAUUCAUAUACUGAAGCUA